AUGCAUUACUGGUUCCCAAAAGAGUUAAUAUCUUUAUUAGCUAAACCCUUUCUUACCCUGCCUUUGUAUUCGUAUUUUGUUCGUACACAAUCAACAGAGACCUUCCCGAUAUAUGUUGAAAUGUUUCCAAUAGCAUGCUAUUACUUCGCCUUUCCCUUAAUAAGUAAUCAAAUUUGGUGCUUUUUGAUCCCCAGUUUCUAUGAGGAACAAAGGAUGAAAUACAACCGAUUCCUCUAUUUAAGUGGUUCUCGAUUCUCCUUGUUCCUAUUCCUAACUCCUCCUCCGGUAGUUCCCAAUGUUUGGCACUUUUCGUACUUUAUGGGAGCAACAUUAAAAAAUUUUCUCAUGAUCAAGUUACAACCUAAGAUAUAUGACCAUAUUAUGUUAACUGUUUGCAUUUUAUUUAUUCCAUCGGUAUGCUUCCAGGUACCUGUAAUUGUGAUCCAUUUUCCAGAACCAAGGGGUCAUUCUAUAGAAACCUCCAUUAACUAUCAUCAUUUUUUGAUGGUUUUUCCACUUCUCAUAGUUGCUCUUUCCACACCUCCAAAUAUCUGGUGCCAAAUUAUAGCCCCUUUCUUAUUUCUUUAA